CAAGAUGGUGGAAGCUGUGAGCUGUUUAUAAGCUGAGCAUCUCCAUCGAGAGGCUGGAAGAGGGAAAUCGAGCAGUGCAUCCAUGCUCUGAGACGUGGAGGACGGAGAUUCCUGAGCCCCGGCAGUGAUCCUCCUGGGGAUAGAUAUGGCAUCAGAGGUUAAAAUGAACUCAGAAGAGGGUGACAGGUGCCCAGUUCCUCCUACCUCUUUAUCUCUGGAAGGAGGUUCCACUAGGAAGAAAAAGCUCUCUGCCCCUAAAAUCAGCUUGUCACUGGACCAGAGCGAGGAUGACUUGUCGGAGACGCCAGACUAUCUCAACAAGACCAUCGACGACCUCGACACUCCAGAGGAGGGAGACGGCCUCUACAACACAGACAACGAGCUGGAAGGGGAAGAAGCUUUUGCAUCUUGUCGCGGGACGAGUGAUUCCUUGGAUAAAACUGCAUCGUACAACUCUGAGGAGAAGCGCCAGGAUGGAGAGCUUUGGAGGACGGUGGUCAUUGGGGAGCAGGAGCACCGCAUCAACAUGAAGAUCAUUGAACCUUACAUGAAAGUGGUCUCACAUGGAGGUUACUAUGAUGGGACGAAUGCCAUCAUAGUGUUUGCUGCCUGUUUCCUGCCAGACAGUGGCAAGUUGUGGCAAGCGGAAUACCUUGAAAUAAUGGACAACCUCUUCCUCUAUGUGGUCAGCACGCUGGAGUUGAUGGUGGCAGAAAACUAUAUCAUCGUGUACCUGAGCGGAGCCACGCCCCACACAAGAAUGCCCAGCUUCAGCUGGCUGAAGAAGUGCUAUCUGAUGAUUGACAGAAGGCUCAAGAAGAAUUUGAAGUCCUUCAUCAUUCUUCAUCCAUCAUGGUUAAUCAGGACCAUCAUAGCGAUUACCAAGCCGUUCAUCAGUACCAAGUUUAGCAGUAAGAUCAAAUAUGUGAAGAGUUUGGACUGUCUGGAGCAACUCAUCCCAAUGGAUUUUGUUAAGAUCCCAGAUUGCAUCAUUGAAGUCGACCAGGAGCUGACAGCAGCAGCGGAGACCCCAUAUCUUCUGCAGCAGUUGACCAACCCAAUGGGUGCAAGCACCCCAAAGAACCCAGAAGAUGACGCGGGUUCCAGUGGCUUGUAAACCCAAACAUGGAUGGAUGGGACCCCCUUCUCCACUUUCAAGAGUCACUAUUGUAACUAAUGCUGGAGCUACAGAGUUGACCUCUGCUGUGUGUGUCUGUGUGUCUGUGUGUGUGUCUGUGUGUGUGUGUGCGUGUGUGUGUGUUUGUGUCAGACACAAGGGUUUAAUAAGAACACGACUUUCAGUAGCACAUGUUAACAGUCAGGUCCGUGUAAUUGCUGCCGCAGCGUCCGGCGCGUUGCAACCCUCGCAGUCCUGAUAACUGUAGCAGUCAGAAGUGAUUGUUACCAGCGUCAGCAGAGUAACAUCACUGUUCACUUCAGAGUAGAAGAUGCAAUUACUCACCAGACGGCGCACCGCACAAAACCUGCCGUAGAGACGAUAGUGAAGACGUGUGCAUGAAAAGCUGCGGAGCAAUAGUAUCACCUCACCUGAUAUUUCUGAUAGUCAACUUGCGUUCCAGCUGUUUUGUACAAAAGAUAUGACUCAUGUUUCCAUGAAAAUACUCUAUGUUGUUCUAAAACUGUAAAAUAAACUAUGAAAUAUUCAAUUUAUGUGUGUGUGUGUGUGUGUGUGUGUGUGUGUGUGUGUGUGUGGAAACUUAAAGGGGACCUAUUAUGGCAUCUAAUACCUAUUUUAAACAGGCCUUGA